AUCCAAGAGCUGUCCAUCACGAUUCGUCGAACCAAAAAGGUCAACCUGAACAGAGACAGAUUGCAACGAGUAGGACUUCUAGAAUCCACACUCUUCCAGAAGAAUCUGGUGCUCAGCGUGAUGGGUCUGGUACCCCCACCUCCCGACAUGACCACAUGGCAACAUUUCCAGCAAGUCUGUCUGGAUGUGUUAUGUUGGGUAGCCAGCGUUCAUAUAUGUGAGCCUUUCAGCGUGGUAGAGUGCUCGAACCUGGUGGGUACUGCGCUAGCCAACGUUGCCGAUUUAGUGCAGGCUUGUUACAUCACAGCCAACAGGAGCAUUACACAUAAAUGCAGCCAGUUCUUAGCACUGUGCAUGGGAUGUGCCAAGCGUAGCCCGGACUCCAGCACCUACCUGCGCUUCAAGCUGGCCCUACUCCAGAGCCUGCUGGGCGUCCUGCCUUCCCUGCCCGCCUGCGUCUCCUCUGGCUCCAUGCACUGGCUCUUCUCCAUGCUGGGCAUGGUCAAGCAGCAGGACCCCGAGAUCACUGCCAAGGCCUGCCACCGCCUGCUCACGGAGGCUGCUCAAGAGUUGGCCGAUAGAACCUUGCCUGAACAUGCCAUCUUGAGGGCAAAAUUUGGGCUGUACGGAACCCCGCUUGACCCCAUCCUGUUCGACAUGGAGCCACCGGUCAUCAGCCCUCCCUCCAAAGCAGGCUCCUCAGCUCCUUCUGCAGGACCCUCGGCGGCCGCAUCAUUGGCCUUCCCACAACACUGUUACUACGGCAUCCCAGCCACCGGGUUCAGCGGGGACAUACCGGACUUUGGCGGCAGCAGCCAGGCCGGCAGCAAGCUUGGUGGAGACCCUGCCCGCAACCCCCUCAGUGGCACCCACUUCAUGAGAGGCCUGCUGGAGGUGGAACCCCUCCACUUUGUCUGCUGCAGCACCAGCGAUGGCACCCAUGUGGAACGUGUAGGAUCAGGUGCAGAGACUGUCCAAGGCUCGGUAGCCAUCAAUACCGGUAACCCAGCCAUGCCAGAGACCCUGACAUCCUCCCUGUCGGCCACCAUGGCCUCGGCUGAGCAGCAACUGCAAUUGCUGCAGCACAAGACCCAGACAUUGAUCAAACUCAACCAGCAGAAACAGAAACUGGAGCAAAAACUUCAGGAGACCAGCGCCUCAUCCUCGGCCAACAGCAUGCCAAGCAACCAGUUGUAUGGCGAGUUUCUCCCGGCCACACCCAAGAACACGCCCUUCUUUAUGACCCCACCCCUGACCCCGCCCAAUGAGAGCAUGGGCUUUCUGUCAGUGCCCCCACCCCCUGGUGGGUGGGACUAUGGGGACAUGCUUGGGCUUGGCAUGUUGCAGGGAUUGGAAAAGAGCAAGGGGACCUCGGAGAAGGGAAAGACUAAGGGAGAUGGUUCUAAGCUGAGUCCUGACAUGAUGCCCAGUAACCCAUUGCUAGUGCGUAACCUCCUCAACCCUCCACCAUCCCAUGUGCUCAUCGUUGACAGAAUGCACUCGGGUGCUAGGAGAUUUGCCGUGCUCGAUUUCGGCCAGCCGGUUCUGCUGACUGACAUCUUCAUUCCGGCCUGCUCAGACCUGGCUUCCUUGUCAGUGGAUGUAUGGACGAAGAGCGAGGAACUGGAUGGCCGUAGGUUGGCCGUUGCACUGGACAUCAACACUAGAGAUCUGGUUAUGAAUGAUCUCCUCCCUCCAGCGUCCUGUCGUUUCCUGAAACUUACCAUUGUUGGGCGGUAUGGAGGCAACACAGUGCGCUCCAAGAUCCCCCUGGGCGUCUUCUAUGGGCACACCUACGUCUUCCCAUUUGAGAAUGGCCAGCAGCAGUUCCCAGACGCCAGCGAGGACUCGCUGGCCGAAGCCUCCAGGCAUCAUCUGAUCCAGCGGGAGCAGUUCCUGACCAUGGCGCUGGCGGUACAGGAGGACAUCCAUUGUCGUUACAGUCUGGCCUGCAGCAGGCUGCGCCGACUGCUGCAGGCAGCCGACAUGUCUCCCUUAACCCAUGCCCCAUUUCCACCCCAGGUUAGAGAGGAACGCAGGGAGAGCUCUCGGGAGGUCCGACAGUCCUACGAGGAAUGCAUCCAGCUACAAACCCAGCUGAACGCCGUGCAGCGGACCAUCACCCGCCUGCAGCACGACGAGGAGGUGGGUGCCGAGAGGCAGAAACCAGACCUGGGCUCUCCCGUGGCCAUCAAGGAGGCAUCCGUGGACCAGCUUCGUCUGCUGUCGGAGUACCUGCUGGACACACUCCUGAGCUUGACCAACACCGGCACAACGUUGCCCGUCAGUCUACAGAAGAUGCUUCAGGAGACGGCCUGCAAGGCUUUGUUCAAGAAUCUUUGCGUCAUGGGCACACCAUCGCUGCGGCUUCGCACAGGGACACUGUUGGUCAGGGUCUGUAGCAGCCAGCCCUGGUGGGGGGAGUUCUUGGCCUCUUCACUCCAGGAGUUCUUCUCAUCAGAGCAGACUGCUGUUUUUCCCCAGGACAGAGUUUUCAUCCUGCUGGCAUAUCUUGGCCAGAAAUCCUUGGCCUCCAACAACUCAGCCAGCGUCCUGGAGAGUCUUCUCAAUCUACUUGCCAAGCUCAUGUCUCCACUUCUGGACGGUAGCAUCCAGGCUGGUACAGGAGGUUCGCUUGACCUGGCUCUGAUAGGUUGGGUGCUGCUCUUCCUGUCGCGAACCUUGGAUCACACAGCAGCAGCGAGCACCUCCACUGACGACCAAGAGGAUGCCGCUGGGGCAACUGCAGCUCCAAAGGGACAUGGGAAAGACAGAGAACAAGCUUCAUCCUCAGCCAGCACCCGCUGGAACUUUAUGGCGAGCACCCCGUUGGUCGUCAUGGGGCCUGGAGGCCAGGCAGGCAAGGGUAGCAACCAAGGCCGCAUGCACAGCAAGCUGAAGCAGCGACUGCUGCUGCACAAGGAGCAACUUGCCAAGCUGCAGAAUAUGCACAAAGCAUUGCAAGCCAAGAUGGCCGAGGGAGGCAAGGAAGCAGACCCGGCCGUCCAGAUGCAUCUGAAGAAGAAACUGCAGCAGCAUGCCUCUAAGCAGUUACGCGACAUACUACGCAUCCGGCGCAUCACCAAGAACAACAUGCGUGCCUGGGGUGGUCUGAGCGAGCCCCCUUCCAAGCAGGACAAAGCGGCUGCCGUCCGCCUGCCGGAGGUCAGCCUGCCCAGAGAGAGGUGCAUCCCAGUCGUUCAGGGUCUCAUGCAGCUUCUACUGGUCAUGGACUUCACCUGUCACGCUGAUCUCUUCCUAUUUGCCUGCAAGGUUUUGGCGAGAGUGUCCAACUCCACCCGCCCGGCAAUCUCGCUGUCAGAGAUCACUACUGGCGAGCAGCUCAACCGACUGCUGAUGCUGUGCGUGGGGACGGACUACAACCGAGGGAGUUCUUCUUGGGGAGGUCCCUGGGCCAAGACAGCCAUCACCUACCUACUGCAGGACACCUUAGAAGGAGAGAAGUUGUAUCCUUUCUCCUCGGAGCCCCUGGGAGCAGUAGGAGGCCAAGAGGAAGCAGACCCCGGGGAGGAUCUCGAUUCGGAUGCCAUCCCGGAAGACCUUGAGGCAGUAGGCGGAGCCAUGGGAGGAACUGGAGAGGAGAGUGGAGGGGAUGAAGAGCCUAUGAACCCAUUGGGUGACCCUGAGUUAGCAGAGUAUGCCACCGGUGCCCCUACAGAUCCCUACGACCCCCAGUUCAUGAUGGACAUGAUCUGGGGCUCCACCAAGUAUGACGAGCAGGCUGGGAAGUUUGGCGGCGCCCAGUCCGCGUCCCCCUUUGUCGUCACCACAGGGGGUGCUUCUCGAAUGAUCCGCAGCAAGUCCAACAGGUAUGCCAAAGUCAACAACAAUGGCGACCACAACAAAGCGCUGAGCUGCAUGCCCAAUGUUUCCAUGGCAAUGGAUGCCAGACUAGAACAAGGACUGGAGAUGCAGGUGGAAUGGUACUUAAAGGUGAUGUCACUGAUGGAGGCCCACUCCGUCAGCCAGACCCUCAUGGGUUCCCUGCCUCUCCCUCAAAGUGCCCCUCUGCCAACCCCCAAGCCCGACGAAGCUUUCCCCUCCAAGGCAGAACCCACCAUUGAGGGUUCUGGUGCCCUGCCUCGUCAGUCAUCUGUGACAUCCAGUAGGAUGCUGAGUAGCUGUUUUGAUCAGCUCUUCACCAGACUACGUACCAACCAGGUCAACCUGGAUGCUUUGCUAAAACUCUGGUUGACAGUGAACGAGGUGGGCCAGGAAAGUGAGUCCAAGCAAGAAGGGUUCUUUGACACCAGCCUGGUGCCUGUGGUCACCCUCAGCGCGGACUCCAUCGGCUGCCUGCUUCACGCCCUGGCCUGGAAUGUCAACCUGCCGGUCCACACUUGGUGUCUGGCCUUCCACUGCCUGCUGGCGCUGGUCAACAGCAAGACAGAGGUGGACGGCAAGCAACAGAGUGCCGCCAACGUCAUCCUUAGCCAUGGUUCCCUGAUCGCCGUCUUAGUCCACUUCUUGUCCGGCAGCACCAUGCAUGGCCCUGUGGGGAGUCUACACUACCAGCAGGUUGGUCCGACUGUCAUCCAGGCGAUGUACGAGUUUCUGGUGCGGCUGAAGCUGCGCUUAGGCUACGUUCCAGCCGCUAGUGUGCCAGACCUCAACACCCUGCUUCUCAGAGUUGUGCAGAUUUUGGCUGAACCACACAUGUACAGGGGAGCGUUUCAUACAGGCACAGGCCCUUUAGAUGCCCAGGUGAAGAUGAUAGAAUUUGUGAAUGAACAGACGUACAGUCACGCUGAUGUUAGCAACAUCACCUACACCAUUGAUGCCAUCUGUUUGCUGGUGCACAACCAUAUCAGCUCGGCCGGCCACGCCACCAGCUCCUCCGCGUCCUCAGCGGCCAGUAGCAGCCCUCAAUGCCGCUCCUGCUUCGGCGGGCUCUUUGCCAGCAUGCUGCGGCCAGGUGGGGAGACACGGGGUGCACUGAAUGGUGAUGCCAGCCGGGACCUGCUGAUGUGCCAGCUGUUACAGCUGGUGGGCCAGCUUGUCAAGAUCCCCUUGGACCAGGACGCGGCGGCCCGCUUCCAGCAGGGUCUGCCGGGGAGGACACUGGGCAUGCCCGCUGGCCCCUCCCAGCGGGCAGACACACCCCCAAGGACUGACUCCAGGACUCCAUCUUCGGCAUCAACCCCAGAAUCUAGCGUUAAACAGAAAUCCAGCUCCCUAAGUGACGACGAUAAAGAGCGUUCGUCUGAAUCGGUCCAACCCCAAUCCCCUGAGCCCUCGACACCGUGCAUAGCGGAUGCUGUCCUCACCAUGGGUGAUUCCAUUCCUCUCCUUCUCUCCUCCCUGAGUCACUGCCGUAGCAACAAGAUGGCAUCCCUCCUGAACAUCAACUCCGCCCCUCCUCUCCACCAAACUCCCACGGACCCAAUCACCAGCAUGGAGCCAGUAUCAGUCGGUGACCACAUCUUCCAGAUUCUCUGCACCAUCGCCGCCAAGGUGACGUCAGUGGAUCUGAUGUUGCGACCCCUGCUGACGUACCUCGGAGGAGCUGUGAAUAACAGCCGUGACCGAUGCCAUCCCUCCUGUGUCCUGUCAGAACCCUUGCUGUGGUUCAUCUUGAAGGUGCUUGCUCCUGAAGAAGCCCUGAAAUCUUUCCACGAAAUGGGUGGCAUUCAGCUGAUCUGUCGCAACCUGGUUGCCAGCAAUCGCUCCUUCAUAGACAGCUCUCCCAGUAGCAUCUCGGCCAUCAUGCAGCAUCUUGGGGCGUCGCUAAGGAACUCUUCAACCGCAUCUCGGUGGAGUAAGACUACCAGCUCCUCCUCAGCAGCGACAGCUGCAGACACAGAGACCACGGAAGGACUGACGAAUUUUGCACCAUUUGGUGCCAUCAACUCCAGCAGUCCUACUGCCCAGCCAGCCGAGGUUCUACUCCAACCCACAGCUCCCCAUCGGAGGGCUCGCUCAGCAGCCUGGUCCUAUCACUUCUACCCUGAAGAGAACUGGUGCGACCUAACCAUCUCCCUACCCAGCGCCGUCCUUCUCAAAGAAGUGCAUAUACAGCCCCAUCUCACCUCCCUAGCAACCUGCCCUUCUGCCAUCUCCCUUGAGAUCAGCAACGCUCUGGGCUCUUCUGCUGUCCCACUCAGCCCUCCCUUCCCGACCACGGGGCUCACCAACAUCAAGCUACAGCUGCCCCAGCCCCAGGUGGCCACGUCCGUCUGCCUCCGCCUGCAUCGCCCCUUGGACUCCAGCACCAUUGGCCUGUCACAGAUCAUGCUGCUGGGGACGGCAGCAUUCAGCGGAGGAGGACGGGAGGAUGGGACAGGAACCUCCCACCAUCUCCUGGCCUCAGGAGAGGAUCACCCGACAAAGAUGAGCAUGAGGUGGCUUCGUCUACUGCACCAAUGCCUGAUCCAGUCACCUCUCUUGGAAGUUGCCAUAGCCACCACAGCCUCAGGGAUGCCUUCCCUCCUGACCACCUGUACCUCCUUGCUGCUAUCCCCACACUGUCAGGAGCACGCCGCCAGCAUUGAGGCUGUCCUGCUCAAGCUAGGGCUGUGCAGCACGGAGGUGGGACUGUCGCUCUUUGACGUGGUGCUCAGGAACAUCUACGGUGGCAGUGAAGGAGAUAAUGGAGCACCGUUGAUGGGUCGUAAAGCAGAUGCCUCAACUGAAUCGACUGUGGAUAUCAUCUACCAACUGGGAACCACUUUAGAUCAGGGCACCAGGGAAAGAGUGCAAGCCCUGCUAGCCUGGUUAGGUGACACGGCUCGCGUUCACCUGCACAAGAACAGCAGCUUCCCCCGCAGCCCCCUGACCUUCUCCCCCACUGAGGUCAGCCUCCUCAACCCCGCCCCUGCCCACAUCCUGGGCGUGGCGUCCAUCCUGUGGGCCAGCCACGACAUGAGGGUGCCCUACCGGGUGGGGAGCCUGAUUCCCAAGGAGUUGUUUAGCUCCCUCUAUGAGUGGUCGGUGGUCCUACCCUUGGAUUCCCCUCUCAAACAAGCAACAGGCUUCGUCCUGUGUGCCAUGUGCCACAUCCAUCCGUCUUUCUACGUAGCCAUGCUGUCCUGGAUGGGUAUCAUCAACACCGAGGAGGAGAUGGAAGUGGAUGAGCUCCUCACAGAUGACAGUAAAGAUGCUCAGGAGCAUGGUCAGAGUCUGACAGACGACACCAAGGAAGCCAGUCGGCAGUCGCCAAGCCGUCCAGUGCACAUCAACAUGCUGGAUCAACUCCACCUAGCCACCCUGGCUCUGGCCUCUCAGUCACCAGCCGCUACCCGAAUCCUCCUGGAGUCCAACUUUCCCAGAAUGCUGGCCAAUGCCCUGAUGGACUUCUGCAACUACGAGAUCUACCGCAGUCGGCAGGGAUCGGCGGAGGAUGGCUCAGCUUGGCAAACCGACUCGUACAAGCUGAUUGAGGGGCAGGGACUGUCAUCGCCGCGGACAUACAGCACAGGCAGCUCUGAUGGAAGCACGGUGUCUGUGAUCCAUAUCACAUCGGACAAGAUUGCCCCAAUCCUGGACCUGUUCACAGAGCUGAGCAGCCAGCUGGUGAUGAAAGACUGGCUUGGGGGACCGGAGGGUAGUGUCUUCUGGUCCUCAUUGCUCAUGCUGCUUUGUAGUGUCAGCUCCAACGUAGUGCAGCCCAACACCCCGCCCGCCAACACCCAUACCCACAAGGCCGCAGUGAUGACUGUGCCGCAGAGGGCCACCGUCGAGUCAUCCACCAUCGCCUUCUUCUCCCGCGUCAUCUCCUGCCACCCAGCCAACCAGCGGCUCCUGGCGCAAGUUGUGUGCGAGGUGGCCUGCAGUCGCAACAGUCAGGCCGGUGUUCGCCUGGCCAUCUCAGGCUUCACCCGUCGCCUCAUCUUACAGCUCAUGCUGGAGGAUGAGAGGAUCCUAGUGUACAUCCAAGGGACGUGUCGACUUUAUAAAGGAAGGAGCAAGGCAGCCGAUGGCGGAGCCUCACACCCACAGUUUGGUGUUGGGCACAAGUUCAGGGUGAUGGAACCAAAGAUGACAGCUACUGUUGGCACGCUAGUCACCGACGUCUGCGAUGCUCUGUCAUUGGUGAAGAACAACACAUCGCUACCCAAGGAUGCCAAGGCAAAGACAGACAAGUCCAAGAGGGAAGAACCAUUCGUCCUGAUAGAUUACCUGCCAGGCAAGAAGGAGUUACUGGAGUCUGAACAGUACAUCAAUUAUGCCGCACACCAAGGAACCAAACUCCCAAAGCCUCCUCUUCCAUUUACGUCUUUUGAUGUGGACAAAGAGAUGAAUUCCAUCUCGUUCUCUGCUUUCUCAUCCUCGACCCUUGCCCCCUCCUCGCGACCCAUCUCAAGCCAUGCCUACUCUAAGGCCCCGUCCGCCGCGGCCGGCCAAGCCUCAUCCUCCAAGCCGGCCCCCAAAGACCCUAUGCAAGUACCCGUGGUGACCCUGGCCCACCACCUCCUGCCAGGGGUCAGCCUGCCGGAAGGGCUAGCACUGGGCCAACUACUGGCCGUCCUGCAAGGCAAAGGGUUCCCUCUGGGGUCACCAUACUUGGAGCUGAGGUUAAAUGUUAGGAUGCAAGAGAUUGGUGCAACAUCCAAGACCGAUAGCUCCAAGAGCAGGGAAGCAAAGGAAGCAGCAACAAAGAAUGGUGCGUCAGCGUCAGCCCCACCAACCACCUCAGGACUCCCCAGCACAGUGGAAAAAGGCAACCCCUCUGACCAGUCAGUGCUGCUGGACUCGCCACCCAUGCCCUCCUUCCUGCAUGUCUUUGCCAGCCUAGGGGGCCUGGCACUGAUUGCUGAGCACUUACCCAUUGUGUACCACGACAUCCCCAGGCAGGCUGCAGGGACCACUUCACGCCAUUCAGAGAAGAACGAGGAAGGAGGAAUGAUGGCAUGGCACUCUAGCACACCAGAGCAUUGGGGAUCAGCAGCUCAGGGCAUUGUUGAAGAAGAAGAUCCGGCAUUUUCACAUACAGGCAUGGAGCCGCCUGCUCCCAGCGGACUGUCCAGCUCGACUACGCCAGCGUCCCACGGCCCAGUCAAUAGCACCGCGGUCAUACCGCCUCACUCCCUGGCUGCCUUUGGUCUCUUUCUGCGUCUCCCCGGCUACGCUGAGGUCCUGUUGAGGGAGCAGAAGAAGGCGCAGUUCCUGCUGAGACUGGUGCUCGGGGUGACGGACGAUGGAGAUGGAGGUCACAUCCUGUCAUCCCCAGUGGCUUCAUCUCUGCCCACCCUUCCGUUCACCGUUCUGGUCACCUUGUUUGACAGUACUCCCCUGACCACUGACGAUGGCGUGCUACUACGCCGGCGAACACUGGAGAUUGGAGCUGUUCAUUUGCUGUUGGCCUUCUUGGCGAUCCUGAGCCAUCAUGGGCCCAGGGUCAGUACUAAGGCAUCUGCACAAGAGUGGAACAGCCCCCAAGGCAGUCAAGGCUCCGCCCCUCCGCCUACUACUGAGCAAAAGAAUCAGUCAUACUGGGCCAAGGGCACAGGGUUUGGGACGGGGUCAACGACCUCUGGAUGGAACGUGGAACAAGCAUUGAACAAGCAGAAGGCGGAAGAGGAGCAUGCCACGUGUCUGCUACUGGUGUUGUCUAGCUUUAUAAGUCCUAACCCCCACCGGAUUAGUGACCCUUUGACCUCCCAGAAGGAUGCCUCUGGCGACGUUAGCGUGGAGCAGCUCAGCAGCAUCUUCCCAGAGGUCUUUGUCGAGUUGCUUAGCAACUCCUGCCUCAUCCCGGCCAUUUCCUCCUACCUGAGGAAUGAUUCAGUACUGGACAUGGCCAGACACGUGCCCCUGUACUGUGCCGUAUUGGAAGUGCUGAGAGCACUAUCCCAGAAUCCCUUGCUGGUCCCUCUGCUGCUACCCCAAGAUGACGAUCACUCAGACCUGUCGUUGGUUGCUCUCUUGGAGAAAAUGAAGUCUUGUGUGGAUACGUACACCUCCAAACUCAAAUUGAACAAGGAUCCUAAGCCUGCCCAUCACGUCAAGCAGACUGGAGGACCAAGCACUGAGGAGGACUUAGAGGCCGAGGGACUGACGCUACUGGUGCCUCAGAUACAGCACACCGUGGAUGUCGUCAGGCAGGGGACCAGCAAGCUGAUUGCAGACGCCAUGGGUGAUGAUGAAGGUGGAAAGGGCAAUAGGCCAAAUGGCCGUAGUCUCAGCGAGAUUGCCAAGCUCACCUUUGAGGAGAGAUACACCACCAUCAUGAAGAAGCUUCAGUUUGAUACUUUCCCAAUGGUUGGAGAGGACGAGGACGGUAAGAUCUACCUGAAGAUUUCCCACCACUACGCCUCCAACAUCAAAUCCUAUGGCAACGUGACUAAUGCCUCCAGGGCCCGACGCUUAGCCCAGGAGGUUGUUACGCUGUCCACAUCGCUACCUCUAUCGGCCUGCUCUAGUGUCUUUGUCCGUUGUGAUGAGGAGAGGCUAGAUGUGAUGAAGGUGCUGAUUACUGGUCCCUCGGACACCCCGUACUGCAACGGCUGCUUUGAGUUUGAUGUAUAUUUCCCUGGGGACUAUCCAAGCUCGCCCAUGCUGGUCAACCUGGAGACAACGGGUCACCAUGGGGUAAGGUUCAACCCCAAUCUCUACAACGACGGCAAGGUUUGUUUAAGUGUCCUCAACACUUGGCACGGCCGACCUGAGGAGAAGUGGAAUGCCCAGACGUCCAGUUUCCUACAAGUCUUGGUCUCAAUUCAGUCCCUCAUCCUUGUGGCUGAGCCGUACUUCAACGAGCCAGGCUACGAACGGUCCCGUGGCACGCCCUCGGGCACACGGAGUUCCAAGGAGUACGACGCCAACAUCAUGCAGGCCACGGUUAAAUGGGGCAUGUUGGAGGUUCUACGGAACCCUUCACCAAGCUUCAAAGAGGUGAUCCACGCCCAUUUCUUCUUAAAGCGGGCAGAGAUAAUGAGCCAGUGCGAGGAUUGGAUCAACCAGUUGGAGUUAUUGUCCAAUGACAAGAGAGUGGGGCACACGGUGGCCCAUCACUGGGUGGCCCUCAAGAGACACACAGCACGUCUUCGUGAAGAGCUGGCUAAGCUAAAGCCCCCGGCCAAUGUCCUGGAAGAGUUCCCAGAGUGGGAGUCUGUACCAGAAUUCUGCUUUGAGGACACCAGCAACAAACCCUCCACCUCCACUCAGGGAGCAGCCCACAGCGGCACGUCAAAGACAGCACCAGCGGGGCAGGGAGCCACGUCCUCGGUGCCCUCCACAUCCUCACAGGGUGCCUCCGAGGAUGUCAAGAGCAGCAGUGAGUUGGAGAGCAUAGCCAAGGCCUCAGUCAACGACAGCAUCAUCAAAGCCUUGGGGAAGGAAGAGGUAAUAGAAGGCGUGAGCGUGAUAGACACAAUCGUCAUUGAGGGAGAGAGUACCUCAUCAGCUUCAUCUUCAUCCAUCCUNGGGGAUCUGUCUGGUGGAGAUGAGGCGGGGUUGUAUUAACAAAGGCUUCUCCUUCAUAAUGAGUUCCAUCAACACUUGUAACAAGUCAGGAGUUUGUGAUUGUCACACACUGGGGAUUUUCUUGAGUGUGAUCGUUGAGUGCAUUAUAUUUUAAAAGGGUUCCUUUUGUCUGUCGUAGCCUGAGAUGAGGUUGAGUGGAACAUUACUUAAACACAAACCUCUUUUAUAAUUUAAGGAAUAUGCUUUGAACUACAGGAGCGUGUCAUCUGAUUGACUUAAAAAAAACCCAAAUACUGAUCUGAUGCUGAUAUUUAUGCCAGACCUUCACUUCAUGUUGAUAUGUUACAGAUUGAAUUGCCCCUAUUAUUUGAAUUAUCUCUUCCAACUGACGCAUUAUGACUUUAUAAAUUAAUAAUACCUGACCUGAUAAAUCUCAAAAUUUCAAUCUCUGUUCAUAAAUGUUGCUCUGAAAUUUCUUUUAACUGUAAUUCUUUUACGUGAAAGUGAUUGGAAAAGUUUCAUUCCUGAAUUAGAUGCAGAUUGAGACGGCUGAGAUGGGAAGGGAGUUUGUGGGAAAUGUUUGAUAUCAGUGGCAUUGUUACAUUAAUACAGGUGUAAUUUUUAUUCUUUCUUGUCAGAUGUUGCAUAUAUGUGUUUUAAUGAAGAAAUCCAUACCAUAUGUGAGCUACAUUUUUGACACCCAGUGUAGAUUUCCUUACGAAUGCUUUUGUUUGUGGGACAGUGAAGUUAGCUUCUUACUGAUAGGUUCUUUGUUAAGGCUCAGAAAAUAUAGAAUUACAAGCUGAGUUUGCCUUGCCUUUUCAAUAGACCUCUUAUUUCAGUCUAUGACGUAUUUGAUUUGUCUGUUCAACCUAAACGGUCUCAAAUCUUUGAAAAUCCAGCACUUGGCUGUUUAUGUAGGAUUUUGAUAGUAUUGUGACUUCUUGGCCUGGAUACUAUUACAAAGAAUGUUCAACUGGUUACUUCAGUGGUGGUUUAUGGAAAAAUUCAGGAAGCAUCCUUUUAGAAAAGUGCACAGGAAUAUCUAGGACUGAAGAAAACUUUAUUUAUUGUAGAGACAAGAAGCAUAGUUUUCACAGAAUGUCUGAAGCUGCAGUUGAAAUCUUGCGUAUGGCUAAAAACGAGGGGUGAAAGUUGAGGGCAGUUUUUCAAUAGGAAGCCUUCAGGGCAGAUACUUCAUGGAGUGUGUGAGAAGGGUCAGGAGCAAAGCGCUUCAAGUAAAAUUGGUAUGUGCGUGCUUAGGAUUAGAUUGAGGUUGUGAUUUUUCAUCUAGAAUCUGUAAUUUGUAACAGAAUUAACCCCGUAUGUAACAUACAGGGAAAGCUGAAUGUGUCUUUUUAAGCAUGCUUACAAAGUGUUUUCCAGUCAACAAGGAAAUUGAGCAGGUAUUUUCCCUCAUAAAUAAAACAUGAUUCUGGUAAAUAUUUGUGGACAUUUGUCAAUUUGAUGUUGAUUUUGUUUUGUUCUGAAUGUCGCUUUGGUUCAGUCUCACUGAUUUGUAAAGUCCCAUUUCAACAUGUAAAUUAGGCAUAUAAUUGUAGUUUACUGAAUUGUCGCGUAAAAAAUUGUACCAAAAAGGUGACUGAUAAAAUUUAAGAAACUAUUUAUUCUGUUGAAUAAACUAUUCAAUGCAAUUCUUUCUGUGCUGUCAAUCAGUGCAAAUGUGCAUUUACUGUUAAUCGUAGUGUGUUGGCCAUUGGAAUUUGGAGAAAUUGUAGCGUAGUACUAAAAAAAAAUCAGCUUUUAUUUUGCAUUAAGCAGUAAUGUGACAUAUAGUAGUAUUUUGCAUUAAGCAGUAAUGUGACAUAUAGUAGUAUUUGCUUAUAUUUUUCUUUUGGUGUCUUUAUUCCCCAGGUAUGGGUGCCUUUUUAUUUGAAACAUUUUAAACUGUUUUUCUUAUUUUGUGUAUAAUGAACAAAUCGGGCAAUGGUAUAAAAAAAAACACCAAUAUGGAUGCUUUCUAUUAUGUUAACAUUUGGAUAAAAUAGCCCCUUUAAGCCUUCUUGUAAUUUCAUAACAGAAGUUUUAAUUCAGCAGUCAUUUCUCUUUGAUGGAGGAAUGAGAAACCAUUAGGAAUUAAGACAUUUUCAAAUUUGUGAGGAUAAAAUAUACGCAGAGCUAUCACAAGAUGAACUUCUUGUUAAGGAAAGAAUUUAUUGGAUGUGGAUUACGUUUCUACAAAAGCCCAUACUUAUUGUAGCUAGAGUUAAUUCUUUGACAGUGAACAAGUGUGGAGGUACAGUUACACUAGAAUUGACCACUGUAUGACUUUAGGAUGGAUUCAUGUGCUGAAGUUAGUGUAUACAGUAUAAUCAAAUCUGUAAAUUGUAUACAGAAAGCUUAAUUGUGCUUUUGUUACGGAAAAAUAAAAAAUGUAUAAAGAAA